AUGAUUUUUUUGGGUCAGCUAAAUAAUUUGGUUCCACCUCCUACCACUUGCAUUCUUAUUUGUCGAUUUUGUGUGGAUUCACACGACGAUCCGCCACUUCUGCUGACUAUUGACACUAGCAGUCCUGGUAGGCCAAUUCGAUGCCUGACUAUGUUUCCAUUGCAUUUCUUCCAUCUACCUCCUCCACCCACUGUUCUAGAGGAAGAAAUCAGUGAACAACCGGAUGAAUAUGCACAUUUCUAA